AUGCGCAUCCCUCAGCGAGAGAUAGCCGCCGGCCUCCGCCGUGGCCUGCACUCAAGCGCCAGGCCCGUCGCCGCCGCCCGGCCCGCGCUACGAGCCUUUCACCAGACCUCGCCCGCCCUCCGGCCCCGACAGCGCUCCUUCUUCACCUCCAACCCCCUCCUGGCCAGGGACGCCGACGGCGAUGGCGAACCUCCUGCCCAUACUACGCCGCCGCCCCAGCCGAGCCAAUACUCCCAGCAGCCGCCCGCCGCCCGCUCGAGCAACAGGAAGAAGCCCGCGAAGCCCGCUGCAGCAGCAGCCGCCGCCCCCAAGAAGUCCCUGAGCAACCCGCUCCGCCGCGUCGUCAGCAUCGCACAGCAGCCUGGCCGCAAGCAGACGGGUGCCAGGGUCGACAGCACAGGGUCGGGUGUCGAGCAUCCCGAGGAGGACCCGAGCACCAAGAUCAGGGCGAUAUGCGUCGCAGAGUCCUUCGACAUGGACCUCGUCAUCCGCAUCCUCACCGAGCACUGCUACCAGCUCGACCCGGACGGGCUGGGCUUUGACACCGCCGACGUCGUGCACGCCCGCACCCUGGGCGCUGGCGACCACGGCGACGUCUUCGUCUUCCCCUCGGGCACCGUCGUCACCUGGGGCCUGCCGGCCGAGGUCGGCAUCAACAUGGCCCAGGGCACCCUGCUGCGUGCCGCCCACAACUGUGACCUCGAGUCCGCCGAGCGCGAGAGCCUCGACUUCGAGGUCGACGGCUCCAUGACCACCAGCACCAUGCGCCGCGACAAGGUCAUCCUCGGCAUCAAGGAGCCCGCGGACGACGGCGUCGCCGACGGGGCCACCUACUACCCCACCCUGGCCAAGAUCGCCUUCUCCUCGGGCCUGGCCCGCAGCACAAAGAUCGCCUUCCUCGAGGCCCUCCUGAGCGCCUACUUCAAGAGGACAAAGGAGAUCCCCACCCAGCUGGUCGAGGGCCGCCUGGGCGUGAGCAAGAAGUUCAUCCUGCAGCGCACCGGCGAGCUGCUGGAGCUGCGGUCCCAGCUCAACCUCUACUCGGAGCUGACCGACUCGCUCCCGGACAUGUUCUGGGACCAGAACUCGGAGCUGCGCCUCGAGCAGAACUACGACCAGGUCGGCAAGGCCCUCGACGUCCUCGACCGCAUCGGCCUGCUCAACCAGCGCAUGGACUACGCCCAGGACAUGGCCACCGUCAUGCGCGAGAUGUACGACACCGACCACGGCGCCUUCCUCGAGAAGAUCAUCAUCGCCCUCAUCUGCAUCGAGGUCCUCUUCGAGAUGAGGCGCAUCUUUGUCGAGUACAAGGACUCGAUGGAGAAGGAGGACCUCCUUGCCAUCGAGCAACUUAUUUGA